UUUCCAACUUCUCAAGUCUAUCAACUUGUUCUUUAGAAUGUUCAAUUGCUAGUCUGGCUUCUUUUAACGCUGACUAAGUCUUUGUCUUGAUUUUCCAAGUUCUUGACUUUUGUUUUUGUACUGUCCUAGUUUUAAAUAUUCAGUAGUGAUGGCUACUAUAAAGUGAGUUCCCACUUAUCAUUAAAUUGAAAAAAUAAAGAACUUUGUCAAGAGUUGCUUCAAUAGUCAUUUAAUGGGGAUGGAGUCUUCUCAGGCUUCAAAGUGCUCCACUGCUAAAUUGGUAUUUUUCAAAUUCCUAUCUUUCUUAGCUAGUUGACUUAUUCUACCAAUAUAUAUAAUCUAUUCUCUCUUUGCUAGUGCAUUUCAACCAAGCUAUCAGUAUAAUAUGGGCUUUAGUGACCUGAAUAGCUAAAUCAUUAAUCCUUCAGUUCUCAGAAUUACUGAAAAAAGACCCAGUUUCAUUGUAGAGAUAACCUUUUAACUAUAAAGCAAUGGGCUAUUUAUACCUCUGCUCAUGUUUCUUCAUCUAUGCUACUGUUUGUCUAUUGUUGUUUGUCACAGGAACAUACUCAGCUCCUGGAAAUGAGACUGAUGAACUAGCCUUGCUUCACUUCAAGGCUGGAAUAGUUGACCCUUUUGGGGUUAUGACCUCAUGGAAUGACACCUUAGACUUCUGCCAGUGGUAUGGGGUUACUUGCAGCCGCCGGCACCAGAGGGUCACAGAAUUGGACCUCAAUUCCUCAAAACUUGCGGGCACCAUAUCCCCAUACAUUGGUAAUUUGAGCUUUCUAAAGGUACUAGACCUUCAAAACAAUAGCUUCACCCAUAAUAUUCCUCCUGAAAUUGGUAGCCUGCGAAGACUACAAAGACUAUUCCUAAACAAUAAUUCACUCACUGGUGAGAUUCCAUCCAAUAUUUCUAGGUGCUCUAACCUUAUUUAUUUAAUUAUUUAUAACAACCAUCUGAUAGGAAAGAUUCCUGUCGAGCUUGGCUAUCUCUCGAAGCUUCAGUUUCUUUAUAUACAAAUGAACAAUCUAGCAGGAACUCUCCCUCAUUCUCUUGGAAACUUGUCUUCUCUUAUUAUUUUUGCCGCAGCUUAUAACAACUUUGUUGGAAAUAUUCCGUAUGCUUUUGGAAAACUUAAGAGUCUUACAUUUUUAGGCCUCCCUGAAAAUAAAUUGUCCGGCUUUAUCCCUUCCACAGUCUUCAAUGUUUCUUCUAUUACAGUUCUGGAUAUAGGAGACAACAAUUUUACAGGAUUUCUUCCUGCCGAUUUGUUCACCUCUCUUCCAAAUCUUCAGAUCCUGAGUUUUGGUUAUAACCAAUUUACUGGUCCCAUUCCCAAUUCAAUAUCUAAUGCUUCCAAUUUAUUCCGUCUUCAGUUGCAAGGAAACAAUCUCAAAGGAAAAGUGCCUUCUUUAGAGACACUGAAUGUUGAUCUGGUUUAUAUUGAAGACAAUCAUCUUGGAAAUGUACAAGUUGAUGAUUUGAGAUUUCUCUGUUCUUUAACUAAUUCCAGCAUUUUGCAAGGAUUGGAUAUUAGCCAAAAUAACUUUGGAGGGUCCUUACCUGAAUGCAUUGGCAACUUGUCACCCAAUCUUCAAGAAUUGUCUCUAGGUGAAAAUCAAAUAUCCGGAAGCAUUCCAACUAGUAUUGGAAAUCUGGUCAACUUGGCACGUAUAGAAGUGGAUAAUAACAAGCUUUCAGGUAUGAUUCCCCAGAGUAUUGGAAAUCUGCAAAAUGCAGUUGUUAUGAUUUUCAAUGAGAACAAUUUCUUUGGACCUAUUCCGUCCUCUCUUGGAAACCUUACAAAGUUGAAUAGACUUCAUUUUGCUGGUAAUAACCUUCAGGGCACCAUUCCUUCAAGUCUAGCUAAUUGCACAUCUUUGCAACUGCUAGAUUUUUCUCGAAACAAUCUUAGUGGUGUCAUACCUCACCAAGUUAUUGGCCUCUCAUCCUUGUCAAUUCAUGCUGGUUUUGCACAAAACUACUUCACUGGCUCCCUUCCAACAGAAUUAGGCAAUUUGAAAUCCUUAGGUACCUUAGAUGUUUCUGACAACAUGUUAUCUGGUGAGAUACCAAGCAGUCUUGGGAGCUGCACUAGCCUAGAGUACCUCUACAUGGAGGAUAACCGUUUCCACGGAUCCAUUCCUAUCUCUCUCAGUUCAUUGAGAGGUCUUCAAUUCCUAAAUUUUUCUCACAACAAUUUGUCCGGGAAAAUUCCUGGAUUUUUGGCUAGCUUUAAUUCAUUGCUCAGUUUGGACUUAUCUUUCAAUGAUUUUGAAGGCAUAGUGCCAAUUGGUGGAGUCUUCAAGAAUGCAAGCAUUACUUCAGUUAUGGGAAACAACAAGCUGUGCGGAGGCAUACCUGAGUUCCAGCUGCCUAUUUGCCACUUGAAAAGAUCCAAUAAAAGAAAACUAAAGGUAAUCAUUGCUACCAUAGCAGGAAUAUCAGGAGCAUUUUUUGUGGCACUGUCUUCUCUAUUUCUUUUGUGGUUUAAAAAGAAAAGACAGAAACCUGCUUCAUCCAAUUCAGAAAUUUCUCGUCUAGCAGUUCUGAUGAUGUCAUAUAAAGAUCUCCAUAAGGCCACUGAUGGGUUUUUAUCAGCUAAUUUAAUUGGUAGUGGUAGUUUUGGAUCUGUAUAUAAAGGAAUUCUUAAUGAAGGCCGACAAAUGAUAGCUGUUAAGGUGCUUAACCUUCAGUAUCACGGUGCAGCUAAGAGUUUCAUUGCGGAAUGUGAAGCCUUGAGGAAUAUCAGACAUAGAAAUUUGGUAAAGAUUGUCACUGCAUGUUCAGGUGUGGAUUAUAAAGGCAAUGACUUUAAGGCACUAGUUUAUGAGUUCAUGGUCAACGGAAGUCUCGAGGAAUGGUUGCAUCCAUCUGUUGUUGCAAUAAAUGGAAAGCAAGAGGGACAUGAUAUUUUAAAUCUAAUUCAGAGAAUAAACAUUGCAAUUGAUGUUGCUUCUGCAAUUGAGUAUCUUCAUCAUCAUUCUGGGACUCCAAUAGUCCAUUGCGACCUCAAGCCAAGCAAUGUUCUUCUCGAUGAUGAAAUGACUGCCCAUAUUGGUGACUUUGGGCUAGCAAAAUUCCUUUCUCAUAGCAUCCAAAAUAAAUUUACUACUCAAUCAAGUUCAGCUGGAUUACGAGGAACUAUUGGUUAUGCUCCUCCAGAAUAUGGACUGGGAAGUGAGGUCUCAAAACAAGGUGAUGUCUAUAGUUAUGGCAUACUCUUGUUGGAGAUGUUUACCAGGAAGAGGCCUACGGAUGACAUGUUUAAAGAAGGUUGGAAUCUUCACAAAUUCGUAAAGUCAGCUUUUCCAAAUGGAGUGAGUGCAAUAGUUGAUCCAAUUCUCAUUCAAGAAGGAGGCCAAUCAAUUAAUAAAAUUAUAAUGGAAUGUUUGAUCUCCAUACUUGAAAUUGGAAUUUGUUGUUCUGCUGAAUCACCAAUAGACCGGAUGAACAUCGGUGAUGUUGCCAUAAAGCUUUGUUUGAUCAGAGAUAGGUUAAACAACUCCAGAAGAAGAAAUGCACGCUCGAGCAAUAUUAGUCAUGAACCUUCCCAGUAAAUUUUUGUUAAUUUUUGGUCAUCUGUUUCUCAUUCUACACCUUGUUAAUUGUUUACUAUUUUGUUUAAUAAUUUGAGCAGAUGAGAUGUGAACUGAAGAUUGACAAUUGGGUCACUUCCUUUAAAGAUUCUCCCUUUUCAUUUAUGACAAAAUAAUUAAAGUUUUAAAGGUUCUCCUUUUCCAUUUAUGAUUGAGGUAUCUUUCUAUCAUUCUACUUUCACUUACGAAGCUCAAAUCUAUUAGCCAAAUGGAAGAUAACUUUGAGCUAUGAUCUUCAAGCCCCAACACUACAGAAAAAAAAGCACUUUUGCGACCGGUUCUGUGACUGACUCGUGAAGAUAUUACGACCAAUUGCGAUGAUUGGGAGAUUGAAUAUCCGCCUGACGGAUUUGCGAUACGGUGACAAAAUUUGCGACGGUCACAAGUCCGCGAGCAGAGGUGACAAAAUUUGCGACGGACUUGUGACCGCGAGCAGAUCCGUCGCUAACUAUAGCGCUAAUAACUCCCGCCAGUUUGGUUUCCACUUUGCAACAGAUUUGCCACCCACUUCACAGUUGCUGCAAUUCAAUGCCAAAUUUACUUUCCUGUUUGCAAGGGAUUGGUGACCGAUUUGAGACCUGUGGUUUUGCUACUGAUUACGACAUCGGAUGAUUAAAAAUCGUGAUCGAUUUUUUAACGAAUUGUCGAUCGCAAAAAAAUAGGGCUUUAUAACCCCUUGGUCGCCUUACGCAAGCACAGCAGCUUCUUCUUCUUCUUCUCCUCUCUGUUACAGCGCCGUUUCCAGCCACCACCUCCUCUCUGUUGCAGCACUGGUCGCUGAAGAAGCCCCUCUCGCCGGAGAUUACACCUUCGCUUGCCUAGUCAGGUAGGUCGCGUUAGUCUCUGUAAUUUGUAACAAAAAAAAAAUAGUAACAAGUUAUUGAAAACUCUUUCUUCUGCGCAAAGAUUUGAGAGAGUGUUUUCUAUUGGAUAUAUGCAGAAAUAAUUUUGCUUAACCUUUUGAUAUUAUCAUGUUUGGCCUGUCAUUUGAAUUUGAUGUAAGAAUUGGAGUAAUGAAUUUUAACUGUGUUUAGUAAAACCAAUGUAAGAUUUUCUUUUUCCCUUUGAUA